ACCUGUCUAAGCAGGAAAACAGGGUGUGUCUCUGCACUUCAUAAAGGCACUCAUGUUUCACAACCUGACAGUCUGCAGUUCUCCUACUAACAGCUGUUGGAUUUUUUUCACUUCCUGCUUCUAGUUGGACUUCAGUUCACAGCAGAAGCACAAUGGAUCUCGCAGAUGCUCUGGGUGAUAAUCAGUCAGCAGGUCCUUGGCCCAGCAAUCCAGCCUGGCCAGGUCAGCCUGCAUCCAACUCUGCCUGGCCCGGCGGUCAGCCUGCUUCCAACCCCGCCUGGCCCGGCGGUCAGCCUGCUUCCAACCCCGCCUGGCCCGGCGGUCAGCCUGCUUCCAACCCCGCCUGGCCCGGCGGUCAGCCUGCUUCCAACCCCGCCUGGCCCGGAGGUCAAUCCGGAGGUAAUAGUAUGUGGCCAGGGAACCCCAGUCAACCCAGUGGACCUGGUGGAUAUGGACCAGGACCUGCACCUGUACCUGGACCAGCUAUGCCAUCCCAGCCCAAAAAGAAAUUGGUGGUUCCCUAUGAAGAGUUGCUGCCGCAGGGAGUCUACGACAAACUACUGAUCACAAUCACUGGGACCGUAAAACCCAAUGCUGAUAGGUUUACUGUGAACUUGUCAACAUCCAAGGACAUUGCCUUUCACUUCAAUCCUCGCUUUAAUGACUACGGCCAAAAAGUUCUUGUCAGGAAUACAUGCGUCAACAAUAUUUGGGGCAAAGAGGAGAGGGAAGUUCAGAAGUUUCCCUUUGUUCCGGGUCAGCCGUUCCAGAUGAAGAUAAUGUGCACCAACAAAGAGUUCAUGGUGGCUGUUAACAACAGCCAUCUUUUGGCUUUCCAACACCGGGUAAAGGAACUGCAUUCCAUCAAUAAACUCUCCAUCCUUUAUGACGUCACCUUGUCAGGUGUUGAUGUUGAGAAAAUGCCUUGACACCUUUGCUAUUGAUCUACGAAACACCUACUAAGAGAUUGGAAAAACUAAAACAGUUCAUGACAACUAAGAUUUUAAGAAGGAUUUGCUUAGACCUAAAGUUCAACAAGCUUCUUUAGCAGAUCUAAAUCAGUUAUCAGUCAAUCUACAGUUGAGGAUGAAAGAAUAUUACUAGAAAGUCAGAUGAAUGUUGUUCCCAGAUAUCUGCUUUUGAUCCCUUAGAAAGUCAUUGGUAGGCAUUCAGUGGUAAUCUCCAAUAAGAUCCAGAGGGGGGUAUUUCUGUUUAUUCCAGAUGAUUGCUUUAAGUAUAAUCUAUAAUCGAUGAACAGGUCAUAUUUUCUGUUUCUUUGCAUGUAGUUUGACAUUAUAACACCUUACUUCUAUUACUGAUGACAUCAGAUGUAAUUUGUCUUGUACUGAAUAAAUGGAAGCUCCCAAA